AUGGAGAGUGAAGAAGAUAGGAACCAAACCGGGAACUCUUAUGCUGGUUUAUCUAACUUGCAGAUGAGAGCUCUCAGUGAUUCUAUGGCUAACCUUAUGAAUGCAUGUUUGGAACAGAUCCAUCUCAGACUUGAUGAGAUCCAAAAUAGCCAACCGGUCCGAUCUAGAAACCGGCAAGAUCGCCCAUGGAGGAACGGACGGCCGAAUGAAGAAGUCGGAGAGGAGGAGAACCAAGACGAUCGUUCCAUCAACCGUCCUAGGAGAGGAACCCAAAACCAUGAUCAAGGUGAUGUCAAUCCUUUUGCUAGAACUGAACGAACUGAUGAGGGUUUAGGUGGAGUGAAACUUAAAAUUCCAACUUUUGAUGGUAAAAACGAUCCAUAUGCUUUCCUUGAAUGGGAAAGAAAAAUUGAACUUGUUUUUGAUUGUCAAAAUUUCUCUGAAAUAAAAAAGGUUAGAUUGGCCGCAGCUGAGUUUGUUGGCUAUGCUAUUAACUGGUAUGAUCAAGUUGUGACUCACAGGAGAAGGAAUGGCGGGCCACCAACCUUUACUUGGGAUGAGCUCUCGGCCUUGAUGAGGAGACGGUUUGUUCCAGAACAUUACCACCGGGAACUCCACCAACGACUUAGACGUCUACUUCAAGGAACCAAAUCCGUGGAGGACUACCACCAAGAGAUGGAGGUCUUGAUGCUCAAGGCGGAUGUGGACGAGCCUUUAGACGCCACCAUGGCCAGAUUCCUUUCAGGUCUCAACCGAGACAUUCAAGAUCGAAUGGAGCUUCAGGAGUAUGCUAGUAUGGAACAAAUGCUACACAAGGCCAUUCUGAUCGAACAGCAAGCCAAAAGAAAGAACUACUCUAAACCGGCCUUUGUUCCCAAACCUAGCUAUCAAGACAAAGGUAAGUCUCCAAUCACAACAAAUACUGCUUUUAAGACUAAUGCCCCGGCUCGUGUUGACAAAGGCAAAAUGUCAAGGCCUUGGCCACUACGCCAGCAAGUGUCCAAACCAGAAAGUGAUGACGAUAAGGACGAUCUAGAGGACAAGGACGAUAAGGACGAUCUAGAGGACAAGGACGACCACAGUCCUAUCUUUAAUGAGGAAGGAGAGUCCUUCGACUAUCCCCACCAAGGGCCGCUCCUAGUCGCCAGAAAAACCAUGGACGAAGGCCUUGGUCCGAUCAUUGAAGAAGAAUCGGACACCGACCUAAACCCGGCCUUUGAUGAGACACUUGAGCCGAUCUAUGAUGAUGAGGACAGACAGCUCGACUAUCCAGUUCACGGACGACCCUGGCAGUUUGACAAGAAGAGAAUACAUGACGGUUACACCAACCGACACUCUUUUGAUCAUAAGGGAAAGAAGAUCACCUUGGUUCCUCUCUCACCGGCCGAAGUCCACCAAGAUCAGCUCCAGCUGAAGAAAAGCCGAGACAAAGCGCCCAAACCAUCCGAACCUAAGGUAUCUCCUAGGAACUCAAACUUCUUUAUCAAAGGAAGCCAGAUCGACUUCGUCCCAGGUGCGUCUCUUCCAAACCGGCCAGCUUACCGAACCAAUCCUGUGAAGACAAAGGAACUUCAGAGACAGAUUGGAGAGCUUCUUGAGAAGGGAUACGUCAGGGAGAGCCUCAGCCCUUGUGACGUUCCUGUCCUCCUUGUGCCCAUAAAGGAUGGCACUUGGCGCAUGUGUGUGGACUGCCGAGCCAUCAAUAACAUUACGGUAAAGUAUAGACAUCCAAUCCCUAGGCUUGAUGACAUGCUUGAUGAGUUGCAUGGAUCUUCUGUAUCACGUGGUCUUCUUAGGCUUGUUGUAGGUGCAGAUGAACUCAGAGUGGACGAAGAAAAGAUCAAGGCCAUCCGAGACUGGCCCAGUCCAACGACCGUGGGCGAGGUGAGAAGCUUUCACGGCCUGGCCAGGUUCUAUCGAAGGUUUGUUCACAACUUCAGCUCUAUAACCGCCCCUCUCACCGAAGUGAUCAAGAAGAACGUUGGAUUCAAGUGGGAACAAGCCCAAGAAGGGGCGUUCCAGAUCCUUAAAGUGAAGUUGACUCAAGCCCCAUUACUUGUUCUUCCUGAUUUCUCUAAGACUUUCGAAAUCGAAUGUGAUGCCUCGGGUGUAGGUAUUGGUGCUGUCUUGAUGCAGGAUAGGAAACCCAUUGCUUACUUCAGUGAGAAGCUUGGAGGAGCCACACUCAACUAUCCCACUUAUGACCAGGAACUGUAA